CAUUAAGACAUUUGUGUAGUAAAUUUCACAAUUCUGAACUUGUGUAAUAUGGCUGGUUUUUGGUUUUGCUGUAAUAGUUUUCAGCUAACAGCUCUUUGGGAAUCAUCUUAAUGGUGCAAAGUGAUCGUUUGGUGCCAAACUGUGUUGCUGUAGGUGGUGUUUGUAGGUUCAGCUUAACUUUUGGGACCAAAUAUGCUUUUGCGACUGGUUGCUAGUGCUUAGUGCUUAAACAUACAUAUAUUUAAAACUGCUUCUUUGCUGACGUCCUGUCUGUUAUGUGUAGAGAAAACAGCGGCUGUGUUAGGUGUUGUUUCAUGCUGACUGGUCACAGGUCAGGUUUAAGCGGCUUAAAGACGGAGAGAAGGACGAAUCUUUAAAUCUCGUCAGAGAGGCUUUGAAAGACUUCUUGGUGUCUUUGCUUUUCCAGUGAAACACACGUUUCUUCGUCAGUCCAAUAAAGAGUGAACUAUUACUCUGAAGGCACAGGGCUCGUUUCCGGUUACACUCCCGCGUGUCUAACUUGACGCAGUUCUCCGUUUUUCUUCGCGGCAGGUUUUCUGUCCUCGUUGCGCGCGACCGCCCAUCCGAGAACGAGCAGGCUUUGAAUCAGAAACUUGUGUGACUGCUGGGAGUGAAAGCGUGGAGCUGGAGGCCUGCGGGACACAGCAGACACAGCCCUGAAGAUGCUGUUGGUUUAUGAUUCUUAUUACACACCAACUGUUGGUUAUUACUCCGUAAACAGAUUCGUUUGUCCGGGCUUAUUACUGCUGGUUCUGCUGCUGCGAUAGUCAAUAAUAAUGCUUUGUUUUUCUGUUGCUGUGUCAGCCAAUGCGGAGCAGAUGGUCUUUAUAGUAACUGCAGUGUCAGGACUUCUGCACCACGUUUGUCAUCAUUAGAGCGAGGGAGGCCCGCACACUCUGCUUUUCUCUGCAGCGACUCCCACAUCACCGCCUCCAUGUGUGUCACAGGCUGUGACAAGCAGGAGAGCCUACACUCACGGUUACUAUGGAAACAAGUAAACUAUCCACGGGGAAGUAGGAGAAAGAAGUGUGUGGGCACCAAGGCCGAGCGCGCACCUACAGAGUCUGGAGCUGGAUUUCUUUCUGCGAGCUGAGCUGAGGAGCUGCGGAGCAUCAUCUUUGUUGACGCACUCUGUGAUGGCACUUGCAGCAAGAUCUUUUGCAAGCUGUUCGAAGACGCAGACCAAACGGAGCACCUGGACUCCUCUGAACAACCCGCGGGCCAACAGCAAGGUGUUUGAAGAGAGACGAAGCCUUCUAGCAAAGUGGUUUGACAGGUGGUCUGACAGUCAGAGGAAGGCGGUGCUGCAGGACUUGGUGUUGAGCUGUUCAGUGGAGCAGCUCAGGUUCCUGAGCCUCAGUGUGAGCAGACAGCUCCCCCUGCAGGCCGCAGACUUCACCUGCCUGCUCCCCAGAGCCCUCUCCCUGUAUCUCUUCUCCUUCCUGGACCCACGCAGCCUCUGUCGAUGUGCACAGGUGAGCUGGCAGUGGAAGAGCAUUGUGGAGCUGGACCAGCUGUGGAUGCCCAAGUGUCUGAGGCUCGGCUGGCUCCUCAGCUCCUCCCCGACACCAUUCGAACAGGGCGUCUGGAAGAGACACUACAUCCAGACAGUCCAGGAGCUGCGGCUGAGCGUCCUGCAGGGUGCUUCAUCGCAGCAGCAGUUUGUGGUUUCAGAUGUCGCAGCAGCAAGCCGUGGUCACAAAGAGCCGUCAGAAAUAGCAGCCAUCAGGUUGGAGGAGUGUCCAGCAUCCACCAAGCAGCAACCUGGAAGCAGCUCCAGCACAAGACUGAGACAGGAGAAGCAGCCAGGUGCACCCCCACCAUGGAGAGACUCUGACAGACGUCCCAAAGACACACUGCGCUUCAACUACCUGGACAAUCUGGACCCCAUCGAACAGGCGCUGAGAGCGCAGAUGAGAAACAACAGCGCCUCCACCUGCUGCACUAACACAUCAAAGGCGGAUGAUGGGAAAAAGAAAACACUCUCUGAAGCAAAUUAUAAACUACGCAAAGCCAAAUCGCUGAUGUUCCUCAGCUCCAGCAGCAGACCCCACAGUCUUCCUCAUGAUCAGACACAAACUCACCCCACAUGGACAUCGCACAGUAUCGCUGAUCACCCCGUCACUGGGGAGUCUGCUGAGCGCCUUCUCCACUUAUCCCAGUGGAACGCUGGGAUCCGUCCGAAGCCGACGAGGACGCCGGUGCCUCGGCUGAGUGUGGAAGGGCUCAGGGCGUUCCAGCGUUCACACAGGAGCGUUCCCAGUAAGUUUUCACAGUUCCUGCUGUUCCUCUGGGCUGAGUAUGAUGUAACCCCACAUCAACAAGAAACCCGCUCAGGACAAACUGUAGGUUCAAAAGCUUCUGCAGGAAAGUGACUGCGUGCAGUUUCGCUCCCAAAUGCUGAGAGGAGAUUAAUCAUUUACUCUGUACUGCAAAAUAUUAAUAUACUCUUUGUGCGCUUGUAUAAAAAGUCAUUUAGGUCUCAUACAGGGCAUGUUUUGCUUUAGCCUAACAAUUGUGGCACAUCUGCAAACUGCUUUGCAACCCACCCCAGCCUGUCCCUUUCCUGCUGUAUUGGACAAUGUCAUGUCCGAAUAGUGAUUGAUAUUUACAUAUGCAGCCGGCAUCACACUUCUAACCUGGUCUUUGGUGAAAUAUAACUUAACAUAAGAGGUCUGCUUCGUAGCAGAAGAAACACUGAGUGGAUAAAAUGUAGCUUAAGAAUGGAAAAUGCUCAGAACUGAUUCUUCAGUUUAUGAAGGCGAACAAACUAAUCUUGUUUUUUUUAAAAGCAAAUAAUUAAGCAGAUGUUUCUUAAACUCCAGAAUCAAGGGAGGGGUGGAUUUAUAAAAUCCUAAAGAAUCUAUAUUGUGUGUAGCUCUGAUCUGUGAUGUACUGGUGUGAUAUAAUUUGAUUGAUUUAAGCCUGUCCAGUGUACAAUCAGCACUGAAAGAUGACACCAACAAAAGCUGCAAAGAGUCUGAGAAGCAGAGGAGGAACA